GCUAUAUUGUAAUUUUAUUAUUUAGAUAAAAUAAAUUAUUUUGAAUUUUUUUUGGGGGGCGAUACAUGAGAAAGUCUGUAUAUACUAAAACUGCCCUGGCUUCUUUAUUAACUCUAUAUUCUUUUAGUGGCUUUACAGCUAAUGAAGAAGUGAAGAAGCAGGGUCACAAGAAUACUUCACAAGAGGUGACAAAAACAUCAAACAAAAAGUUAAAAGAGAAAAUGGAUAGGAUAUGUAAUGUCGAUCCAGAAAAAAAAGCUAAAGAAGCUAUUAGAAAAUCUGAAGGGGAUGAAAAGAAUGCGGAUGAAGCUAAAAAGAAAGCCGAUGAUGCCAAAGAGAAAGUUGAAGAAGCAGAUGUAAAGAAAGCUGAACAAGCUAAAAAGAAAGAAGAUUUAAAGUCAGCAAGUACAGAGCAAAAAGUGGUUCCCAAGAAAGUUGAAACUGAUGCUAUAAAAUCUAUUGCUAAUAAAAACAUCGAAGGUAAAGCAAAAAUUGCUGAUUGCGAUGACUCAUAUUCUUGCUGUACUCAAAAAAGAGGAGUAAAAAUAACCUUUGGCGGUACUGUUGAUGCUCAAGGAUAUGGUAAGGUUUCUGCAGGAGAUAGCGAUAAAUUCAAGCACUACAAUGUUAUGGCAGGAAGAGCAGUAGAUUAUUAUACUGCAUACGAGUUGCUGCAAAUAUACGAAAAGUAA